CGUCAAAAGCCAGAGACUGAGAAAGAAAAAAUUUCUGAUUUCAUUGUUCAUCUGAGAAAAAAGUCAUGAUGUUAAGAGAAAAUAUGGUGUUAGUUUUGACAUUAUUAGUCAUCGGCAUAGUGUCAGCAGCAAACAAUACGAGUGUAGCCCCUACCACUGAAAAACCAACCGCCACCCCCCGACCAAUCCCCACCACCAGUGGUGCCCCAGUCACAACGCCGACACUGGAGGAAGUGUGUAGAAGCCGAAAUUCAAGCUGUGAUACUUGUUUGAAAGAUGCAAAGUGUCUGUGGUGUAAAACCAACAGCAAAUGUGUACCAUACCCCACUGGAGAUGUUCUUCCUAAGUCCUCACUGUGCUCCCUCUCAGAGGCCCGCUGGGGGGUUUGUUGGGUGAAUUUUGAGGCCCUGAUAAUAGCUAUGGGAGUGAUAGGAGGAGUUAUUGUGCUGGCCAUUACAGUGUGCAUUUGUUGCUGCUGCUGUUGCAAAAAGGACAACAAAAACAAAUAUGCCAAGGAAGAUGAGAAAUGGGAGAGAAAGAAGAAGGAAAGACAGGAAAAGGCAAAUGAAAGGAGAGCAGAAAGGAAGUCAAGGACAGAUGAGAUCAGGCGCAAAUAUGGACUGAUGAAAGAUGACAAUUAUCAACGAUUUGACAAUGAGGCCUAAAGUACCUGCCCAGUCUGGGAGUGAGGAUACCACAGGAAGAACCUACAGGAUAUAAAUAGCACAUUUCCUCCCGAUGAUGUAAACAUUGAUUCACAUUCUUAUCGUCUUUCAUAUGUCACAAUUAUAUUGUCAUGUAAUGUUUCUUCAUUUAUUCAUGUCUUGUCAACCGUACAUGGGGUAUUGGUGCUUCAAAUGUAGGCUGAUUUGGGUCAUAGCACAAGAUUUUUGAUAGAUUCUAACUAUUGAGACCUAAUAUUGAUAAUGUACUAGAUUAUAUUUUUUGAAGGAAAAAAAAAGUAAUAGCAGCAUAUUUAAAUACACAUGUUGAAUUAUGUGUCUUAUUUGUUAAUAGAAACCAAAAAAAAAUCAUAUUUUUAAAUAUGUAUAAUGGUUGUACAUGUACUUUUGUUCUGAAAUUUAAUGUAAAUUUUGGAAUGUUUUCAAUACAUGUAAUUAUUGUUUAGUAAAUGGUAAAUUUUUUUUUUUGUUUUAGUCUUUGAAAUUUUUAGAUCAGAACCCUUAUCUAGUGAUAGUGAAAUACAUGAGGUGCCACCCAGGUGGUACCUUCCAUUUAUAUGUCUGUAUGUUUUUUGCUUUUUUUUUUUUUUUAAGUGUUAAAAUUUUUUUUGUUUGUAAAAUUAGAAUUCAAUUUGCAGGUGGACAAAUAUGAACAUGUACAAAACUGUAUAUAUAGUUUAUGUAUAUACAUGUAAAUUAUGAAUGAUGUGGUUUAUUUUUCAUUGAUCUCAAGAAAAGAGAAAUGCCUUUAAAAAUUAAAACUGAGAUGGUUUGUGAGAAUUUGUUUAAUUUUUAAAGAAUUUGAACAACAACAGUCAUCAGAUAUUGAAUUGAAGUUGUUUUAAAUAUUCCAGCUUUAGGCAAAGUUUACUUGCACAUCCCGUCAAGCUCAACACCAUUUGUCAUAGUUAAGUACAACUUUUGAUAUGUCUUCAUAUUGCUUAUUUUACAUUGUUGCAAGUAUAAAUUCUUAUUAAAUCCCGAGAUUGUAACCAUUUUGAAGAAAUUUCUAGGUUCUGUGUUAUGUUACAUUGUAACAGAAUAUUUGAAGUUGGCCACCUUUAAAGUUAAAAAUUUUUUUAAUUUAAAAUUUUUUUGGAAAAAAAUAUUUGUAUGGUAGAAUACUUUAAAAACACUUAAUUUUGUGGGGGCAAAUUUUUAUGGUUUUUAGGGAAAAAUGGUUAGAGGAGAUUUGAUUUCAUGGCUGUAGAAGUGUAAUAUUGUGUAGAUUUUAACAUUUCUUGGAGGGCAUGAUUUGUCGGCCUCUUCAUACCACUAAAACAACAAAAAUUCCCACAAAUGUUAGUGAUUUCAUGGCAUUGCUGUGGUGUACUGUCAGAUAAUGGAAACAGUAAACUAAAAUUCAGAUAUUUUACAAAUAUUAUGAUGCAAUGUGAUCCUGUUCUCAUUAUGUUGUCCUGAAAAAUCUUGAGGUACAUGUAAAAUGGUACUACCGCUUGUUAAUGUCUUUGCAUUUCUUGAUUUUUGUCAUACAUUAAGUAUAUUUUUUCCAGUAAUUGAAGACCUAUAUUUUUCUACGUUUUUAUUGGUCAUCUAUGUACAACUGUAUAUUUGGUUGACAAGAUGGUUUAUUUCUGUUAGUGCUUAAUGUAACUUCCUGGAAAGUUGAUUUACCUGUAAGAAAAAGUUGUAAAUUUCAUUUCAAGUCUUUGCUUAUUUCAUUUCAAACAUAGUACUUAUAAUAAUAUUUUCUACUGUGUGCAGAAAAAAAUAUUUUGAAUAGAUUGCAUUUUUAAAUUUGAUUUUUAAAAAAAAUAAAAUCUGUAACAAUUGCAUUCUUCAGGAAUUGAAAUUCUUUUCCUUUGAAAACUUACAAAUGAUUUUUCCCACAGAGACAUAUCAUGUUUUAAUUCUUGAGUUUUCCUUUGAAAACUUACAAAUGAUUUUUUCCCACAGACAUAUGUUUUAAUUCUUGAGUUAUAAGGACAUACUUGUGGGUAAUCAUUUUUCUCACUUAUUGUAAAUUUGAACUGACCAUAAAACACAUUGUAAAUAGUCUGUGUGUGAGAAUAAGAGAAAGAGCUGAAUGUGUGACUGACAUUUCUUUAAAAACAUGUAAACUUUAAAAGUGUUUGAAUACAAACUUCUGCAUAGGUCCUCAAUAUUAAUAAGUAUAACUGCUAGUAUUUUGAACAUUGUUGUUUUUUUUUAAUGUAAAUUAAAAAUGAAAUGAAACUCAUGCCAGAGGAUAUAGUGUAUUUCAAAAGAAGAAAUUAGAUUUUAAUAAUUAAGUGAAAUUUUAUGAUUUAUUGAACUCAAUAAUCAGGUAAUUUUAAAUUAAUAAAUGAGACUAUUUUUUUUCCAUUUUUUUUUCUCUCAAAGAAUGUAUGUAAGAUUUAUAUGUAAUAUUUAGGGGGGAAAAAAUAAUCUUUUGUUUCUCAGAUCAAGAAAAUUCAAAUUAAAUGUGGUAGACAGGUUUUAUUUUCAUUUCUUUUUCCUGAUCGGACAACAAAAUGAUGAUAUCAACUGAUUCUUACUUUAUUGUACUCUUAAAUAUAAUACAUUUAUGUACUCAGAUUUAUCUAAUUUUUUUUUUUAUAAAAAGUACUAAAGGCCUAAUUUAUAAAAUAAGAUAGAUACAUGUAUACAACGUUCAUUCUAGCAUGUAUAAAAAAAUUUUGAACUUGGAAAAAUAGAAAAUUGAGUUAUUCCCCUUUUCAUUUAUCAAUGCGGCAGUGUUUGACCUGAUGUGGCGGUGCCUGAGAAACUAAAGAGUAAUUUUUUUUUCUUUUGCCUUAAUGUUAGGCACUUCGGUGUCUGUGUUGACUUUGUAGCUUCUAUAAUGACUUCAAUCAAGUGCUAAUUUUUUUUUUAAAUUCUUUUGUGUGUGAUAUGAAAUGAUAUGAUAAAACUACAAUCAGACAUACAUGUAUUCUGCA